AUGGCUACUAUCGAGGAUAUUAAGCAACAGGUGUUAGAGCCCUAUCAGAAGCAUCGGCAACUAAGCUUAAAAGAAACAGAUUUUCUAUCAGUUGAACUCUUGGGGUUACUAUCUCAAACAGAAUGCAGCGACACAGCAACUUUAAAGUUUGUGAGUCGAAUUCUUACUAAGACCACGUAUGCUGAUCUGAUAGAUGAAAGGAAUUUAAACAAGAAAUGUGGAUAUCCUCUAUGUACUCAAAGCCAAGGCCGAAUUCGAGAUCUAUACGAGAAUAGAAAAGUAUCGAAUUUCCUGAGACAGAAUAACCCAUAUAAGUAUCUAACGAGUUUCUGCGGUAAGUUCCAUUUCAGAUGUUCUCAAUUUUACCAAGUGCAGCUAUCAGAUGAACCCUUGUUUUCACGUGUAGGUGUGCAUUUAGAUGACUAUCAGGAAAUGACAGAAGUUAUGCUUCUGGAAGAGGUGAUGGUACGAGAAAAAGAUCUGAAAGAGGUUGUUAAAGGCAUGAACUCUUUGGACCUUACUGGGGGUCCUGUAGAUUCGAAGGAUGAGUUACAAAAGGACUUAAGUGACUGGUUAAGUGAAGUUAAGAUAGUUGAGAAUGAAAAUUCGAAUAUUCUAGGCGAUGGCAUGAAAGAAUAA